GAGCAGAGGGCUCCCUCUGAUUUUCUAAACCCAUCAAAUUUAAUCUAAGAACAUCACAGAUCUGCGCGUUUUCUUCUUUCCCUUUGUACGCUCACAGACCAAGCUCAUCAUGGCGGAUGAACUCCCUCCCCACGUCCUUCCUGUUCCUCGCUUUACUCUAGCGAUCCAUGCCGUCCAAAUCCUUUUGGCCAUUAUCAUCUUGGGGUUGGAUGCCUAUGGUAUUCGCUGGAUCCAGUACAAUGCUCUCAUCUACUCGCUCGUUUGUACGUUGUGUACUAUCAUAGUAGCUAUCUACAUGAUCGCGUCUCAAGUCUUUGUCCACCAGGCCUACAACAAAUGGGCAUUCUUGGCUCUUAACAUCUGGAUGGUCAUCUUCUGGAUUGUCGACCUUGGUGUCGUCGCCAACCUUGCAGCACUCUGGUCAAGCCCUUCGUGCGGAUAUAGCUACUACACAGACACAUACUACUGCACAUAUGGAAAGCGCGACCUCAGCUUAUUAGAGAAGAGGGAUACUACUACCUACACUGCAUAUCGCGGCGCGCUGGUUGCUGGAGCGCUUUUCGGGGCGGUCCAAUUUGUACUUUGGGUUGCCUCUUUGAUAAUCCUCGUUGUUUACAUGAAUCGCCACCGUGCUGACGCAAGCGCCCCAGCGCCACCCCCAACCUACGUUGCGCCCACCAACGGUCAAGGGGUACCGAUGGAGAAAUAUGGUGCCACAGUUCAGCCAGGACACCCGCAACAACCUGGUCAGCCUCAAUAUGUCCCGCAGCCUCAAACGUACGUGCAACAGCCUGCUCAGCCCAUGUAUCCUCAGGGAACCGGUCCCCAAUAUACCGCACCAUAUCCCCAGCAACAAGAGCCCAUCAACCGUACGGCUACUGUAAGCCCGGUUACAACAGCUGGGUAUAACUCCCCAGCGCUACAUACCGCUGAGCUGGCAACUCCACAGCCAGCCGGAGCCUACCACAACCCCAAUGUUUCUGAAUUGAUGGCACAGAAAUGAUCUCAAUGAAGAACUGCCUACUGAUCUCAUCUAAUGAGGAGAACAUGCGGCAAAUUUAAAGUACAUGGUGUGGGAUGUGGUUGUUGAAGUCCCCCAAGAUACCCUAAUACC